AUGCCGAUGGACUUUAAAGUGACGUUUGCUAAUGGAACGUCAAUGAAACUCAUGGGUUUACCCGAUGAUAUCACAUUAGAUGGAUUACAUGCUCAUUUGUAUGAAAAGACAUCAAUUCUACCACAAGAACAACAUGUAAUGAUUGGUUAUCCUCCCAAGCUAAUUGAGGGACCAGAAGACCAAUCGUUGUUUUCUUUGGGCAUUCGAACGGGUUCCGUACUAGUGCUCAAGGAGAUUCCGGAGACUACUGAUGCUCAAGUCAAGUCAACUUCAUUGUUUAUGCGACGUGUUAUGCCGGCAGAUAACAGCUGCCUUUUCCAUUCGAUCGGAUACGCUCUUACUAAACGCAGAGAAGGACAUGGUCCCAUUAUGCGACAACUGAUUAAGGAUAAGAUUUUGACGGAUUCGGAGAAAUACUCGGAAGUGUUUUUGGGACGGCCAGUGCAUGAGUAUUGCGCUUGGAUCAUGGACGACAAAUCAUGGGGUGGCGAGAUUGAGUUAUCGAUAUUGUCGACAUACUAUAAGGUGCAGAUUGUUGUCUUUGACGUCACAAGUAUGAGCAGACUCUGUUAUGGUGAAGACCAAGGCUUUACGCAACGGAUGUUCUUGCUUUACGACGGGAUUCACUAUGACCUCAUAGUUGAAGCUCCGUCCACCACAGCAUCCGAGCACCGUGAUAUGACGCUUUUUGCUAUCAACGACUUUACAAAGGUAGAACGUGCAAGUGAAGUCGCGGUGGAAGCUCAUCAAAAGCACGAGUUCACUGAUGUUGGUUGCUUCAAUAUCAUGUGUCUAUUGUGCAGGAGUACUUUUAUCGGACAGAAUGAAGCACUCUUGCAUUCAAAAACUACAGGGCACCAACAAUUUGGUGAGAUCAAGCCAAACUGA